AUGGAACUUCUUCCACGCCGCUCUUUCGCUAUCUCUAUCUCUCCUCUCCGACAUCGGAAGAGUUUUAGUUAUAAUCAGUUGCCUGAGGAGCCGAUCAAACUCACUAUUCUCAAGCUUGAUGGUUCUAAUUCCUUUGGUACCUAUCCUCUAUAUGUGAUUCUUGAUGAUCCUUACUCUUAUCCCCGUGACUAUUAA